GUCCGCAGUCCGCAGUCCGCAGUCCGCAGUCCGCAGUCCGCAGUCCCCAGUCCCCAGUCUUUCUUUUACGCUGAGAGCUAUUAUAUUGUUUAACACGUCUACAACUUUUAUUAAUCCUUCAACUCCUUCCAUCGAUCUCGCCCGCACUGCCUAAACCAGCAUAUACUGUACAGCCUAGCUAAAAAGUUAGAAGUUAAUGGUCACGUGACCAUUAAUUCCCAGAGGCUCUAUUGCGUGACAGCCGGGCUCCCAAAAUGGCGGACACGUACACGGGCUUUGCUGUGUUGAUUGCAGUAUUUGUUGCUGCCAUUUUUGUGAGAGCCAUAAAGAUUAUAAUGUCUUCUAGUUGGUACAAAAAGUCGUUUGCACAGUCACAUAGAAUCUGGAUAGACGUAACCAAGAGAGUCUUCGAUCCUGUGAAACGAAAGCUUUUCGAUGAUCUUGCCAAACACCUGAAAAUAUUGAACAGCGAUGUUGUGGAAAUAGGCAUCGGUCCAGGAGCAAACUUCGAUUAUUAUCCUCACGGGGCCUCACUUAUAGCUGUCGAUCCGAAUCCACACAUGGAAGAACUUCUCAAGUCAAAUCUGGAGAAAGUUGGCGAUAGUGUCCACUUGAAGAAGUUUGUUGCGGCUUCAGCUGAGGACAUGAGUUGUACUGGGCAAGUCGGGGUAGAGGACAAUUCUGUUGCUGCUGUAGUUUGUACGAAGCUGUUGUGUUGCCUUACCGAAGAUCAAAUAAAGAAAACCCUUCAGGAAGUGAAAAGGGUGCUGAUGCCUGGUGGCAGAUUUUAUUUCCUUGAACAUGUUGCAGGACAUCCAUGGACUGUAAAGUACUUGCUUCAACACUUUGUCUCAAAGUCUCUUCUGUGGCCCUCCUUGUAUGAUGGUUGCCACUGUGACCGAAAAACUCUACCUUAUAUAGAGCAAGGUGGCUUCAAAAUGGUGCAGUCCAAAAAAGUGUGGGCAAACUGCUCGCCUAGUAUGUAUUCUGAGUGUAAGGACACGUUCUCAGUUUGGCACACAAAAAUUUUAUUGUACUUUGUUGAUUUCAUCCUUGUUGGUUUUGCAGAAAAGGAACAAUAGGCCUUUUACAACACUUGGUCAUGACGGACAAUUUAUAAACCAAUAACUAUAGCUAAAGGAAUUUAAGAAUCGGAAAAAGGCAUGUUUUAAAUAGCCAGAAAACCUAUUUCAGACCAAUGCUGUGUGAGGUUGAAACUUAUUGAUGCUUUGAGUAUUGCAAACAUUAGAAUGAUUUGUGUGAAAGUGAUCGAGGAGGCUUUGCCCUCCACAAACUUUUUCUGUUAUUUUAAAAUCACCGGAAGCUGCUGGGAUAAAACUAUUGGAGAUAGAAAUAGGAGUUAUGAAGUAGGAAGAAUGGAAAUUCUGGACUCUUUAAGUGAAAGACAAAGAUUUUCUGGCGGUUUGGAAACUUGCAAGAUCACAAGGAUUUGUACAGAAAAUCACUGGAGUGUGACUGGACUGUGACUGGAGUGCAAAGCGUCUUCUUCCCUUAAAAAUCCUUCUUCUAAUGUCCAUAAAAUUCCCUCUUAAAGGAUAUAAACCUGAAAAUAUGCAUGUAAGCUUAUUUGUAAAUGUUCUUUCUAUUUCUGAUGACAUCAUGCACUACCAAUGACAAAAUCACUGUGUUUUUUAAAAGCAAGACUCGUGACCAAUUGUUGCAAAGGCGUGGCUAGCCGUAUUAGAGAAGGCUACACGAUCCGAUGGUAGAGCACGGACGUGCGGAGGUUUGUAGCAUAUAACUUUCUUCCAAUAAAAUUUGACUUCGAAAUGCCAGAAA